UUUGUAGUUUUCCGUUUGCUCUAACCUUCUGGAGGGAAAAACUCCGGUCGGUGUGCGCUGCGAGUGAUGAACAAAACCGCAUUCUCUCAUCAUGUGGACCGUUGCGUCCAUCGCAUCUUCCGUCUCAUCAUCUCAUGUCGUAUCUAUCUAUCCAUCUAUCUGGCUUGCUGGCUGGGUGGCUGCACUCACCUCACUCGUGCUAGCCACCACGCCAGCAUUCAUGGGACGGCAGCGUUAAUGCGAUGGAAAAAGUCAGCUGCUCACUCGACCACAUCUCAGCUAGCUGUCGCAUGCACUGAUGCUCUCACUCUGUAGCUAGUGCCACCAUCCACCGCAUCAUCAAUCACAUCACCUAUGUACACCAUCCAUCCAUCCAUCCAUCUGUAGGCCCACACCACACCCAUCGGUCAGAACUGGUAGUAGGGGAAGCCGCCGUCGUUGAGCACUGCCUGCGUCACGAUGCCGCCGAAGGCAAGCAUGGCCAGCCGGCCGUUCUUCAGCUCGCGAGCUCUGCAGACACACGCAGACGCAACCCAACGCAUUCUUAGCCAACCAUGAGUGUGUCCGUGGGUACCUACCUCAUGGCGUCUUUGGUGCUGUCGUUCUUGUUCUUGUAGAAGUUGAGGGGGUCAAAGUUGUAGUCACCGGGCUCCCUCUCCGCGUAGAAGCCGCGCGUGAAGUCCCAGAUCGUGAUGCCGCGGAAAAACUCCAGGAAGCCAGCUGCCAACAGCAUCACCUGCACGCCAACACGCACAGAGAGGCCGACGAAAUGAGCCAACCAUGGCUGGCUGGUCAGGGCAGGCCAUUCACUGCCUUGCCUUUGUGCCCUCCGCCUGCCCACCAUCAUAUUCCCGCUGGCGACCAUCUUGUCAUGUGCCUCGGCAGCGGAGAAGCCCUGGAAUUGUGCGCCGGGGAAUCUCAGCCCCAGGUCGGUGGCGACGUACCCAAGGACACCCAUCAUGGCCCACCGACAGUGAGCGAUCUCCGCCUCACGCAGCCAGUAGUAACCGUCGAGACCCUGCAAACCAUCCGACGGACACACAGCACGUCAAGUGCAUGACUUUCCGGCCGCUUUGUGUAUGGUGUUGGGUGUGCCCACCUGGCUGAGCGGCUCGGCGUCGUCGUAGAGGAGUGCGCCAGGGAAGAUGGCUCGAGACCAGUUGAUGUCCUUCCAGACCGUAGACAGCCUCAAUGGGUCGAAAGGCUGCACCACAUCAAGCACUGCAACCGUGAUGCUGUCCUCAUUGCGUCUGCGUGUUUCCUGCCUGUCUGACAGACCUUGCCAGGGGAGAGGGCGAGCGCGUUCUCAGGGCCGACGCCUGGGCUGCCCUCGAGGGUCUCUUCAGAUCCAGCCUUCGCCAUCUCCAGCUGCGGUGUCCUCCCAUCCCUGCCGCUUCGGGAUGCAACUAAAUCGCCCAGGCGGCCAGAUGGCGCCACGAAGGCAGACCCUGUGGAGGAGGAACCUGUGGAUAACAGCAGCACAGAUCAGAUCACCUCAUCGACAUACUGAUCGCAUAGAUCUGUUGCCGUGGGCAGGAUGAAUGCUACCUGAGGCCACGGCAAGGGAGAGGGCGACAACCACCACUGCUGCCUUCAUCCUCUCAGAUCAACAGGGCCUUCUGGGCUCAGUUUACAAAUUCG